CAGGAUUGUGUUUAGUCUACCUUCUUACAUACCACAUAUGUUGCGAAAUUCCUGUCCAUUUCUCCAGAAACACAGUCUUUAUACAGAAAAAAUAUUCGUACAAUUUUAUAAUUAGUAUCUUGAAUGAAAAGUUUAGAGAUAUUCUUAUUUCAGUAGCUCUCCUUUUAUAGAAAGAAACCAAUUAGGCUUGCAGCCUUGAUUGCGAAGACAAUAAUUGUAGCACUGCAAUGGUGUAUAAACACGAUAGUCUUGUGUACUUUCUUCGUAUUGUGGACAAAAAAUAUUCCCCUUUUUUAACUUUAUUCUGCCUAUUGGGCUAUUGGGUUACCUAAUUGCAUCAUGAUUUCUCUGCUUGAACAGUAUGCAACAUGCAGCAAUUUGAUUUUGAUAACUUUACAAAAGUUACAGUUGACAGACAAUUGUUUCCAGUAAAGUAACUUUAUUAGUUCUGCUAUCAAGACAAUAAACAGUGCUUUACUUGCCCAGCCCCAACUGAACAAAAAUACAUAAAAACAUUGAAUAUCUCUAUGCCUUUUUACAUAUGCCACAAUCUAUAUACAACUGGUGCUUGAUGACCCAUGCUGUCGAUAAUGCACGGGACAUGUGCAGACAUUGAUACUGCUGUGAUACAGAUUCCAGGACAGGAUAGGUAUAAGAGGAGAACAACAGCCAUCAGGAGAGUUUUGCUAAUCUUUUACCAUGAUAAGGAUUAGCAAUCGUGUUAUUUUAAUAUAAAUUUACGAUGCCCAUUUUCAUUCAUUGAGCAUGACGCUUUUUUCAAGGAAGCAAAAUAAUGGAGUGUGGUAUAACCCCACACAAUCACCUCACAGAAAGAAUCAGCAUGAUCAAGAACAUCACAACGUAAAAAAGUAAAACUUUUGUCGACAAAGAGAAAAACAGUCUAUUCAAGACAAGAUAAUUGAACAUAGUAAAGAUGAAAGACAAACAAUGUUCCAUUAUAUGUCUGCAUGAUUUUCCCAUCAAAAUCAAUGAAAACUCAAAAUUGAUAAAAGGAAGGUGUUAUAAUUAAAGAUAUAUCAAUUUUACCGGUAAAAACUAAAAACGUAGCCUAGAAACAAUCCAGGUUAAAAAUGCCGGGGACUGCAUCGAAAGGUCAUACAACCUUGUUUUAAUAAUGGUCCCUCCAGAGGUGUUUUCAAGAAACGAUGCGUUCAUGAAGAAAGUUUAUUUUGCAUCAAAGCCUGUGUAAAAAAAGUUUGUCAUGAAAAAUGUUAAAUAGAACCUUUCCAUUGGCUAUUUUUGAUAUUCAAUAAAGUAUGUAGAGGCUAUCCUCUUGACUUUGCAGAUCUUCAAGGAAUUAAUCUUCAAAGGAUUUUUUCUUCAUACAAGGUAGUUGUAGCAAACAAGCACAGCUCUAUUUUAGGCAAGAGAUUAAAGUUACAAUAUAACAAGCUGUUGGUACCAGCAUGAACUUUUUCCCAGUAUAGAUCAUCAAAUAUAACGGCGGCUUGUAUUCAACGCUUUAUUAUUUCGUAGUUGGCUAUAAUAUUUUUAUUUAUUUCCUAAGCAACGAAUCCACCAGUGAUGAAACGUUAAAUUGAUAAUGAAUCAAGCUUAAUUAAAAUCCCAGAACUGAAAUCAGCAUUGACAAACAGUAAAUAAUAACAGGUUAUUAAAAUGAUGAUGAAAGAUAACGAGUAAUUUGAACCUGCAACAGUAUUCAUGUCAAAAUUUGCUUGUUACAAAUAGAAAAUGUAUUUCUUUGUAGUGGUAGCUUAAGGGAUGCAUAUCAAUGCAUUUGCUACGCUACUAGGUACACGAUGGAGACAUACUUAACUUUUCGCUUGUUCUUCUCGCUGAUGCUAUCUUCCGUGAUAGGGUGUCAAAUUGUCGAAAGAAGACAGUUUGAGAUAUCAAAGACAUAUUACAUUCGUCAUUUUCAUGGGAAGUGCGUAGAGUACGAUGAGGUACGUCAGGUGCUGGUUUACGGCCGACUUUGCCGAGAAAAGUUAGAAUGGCAGGGAGAAGCAAGACUCAUCCAUAUACCAACAAAGAAAUGCAUCACUGUCAAUGCAACAAGCGAUGGAAGCUUUUUGUCUUUGUCAAGCCAAUGCAGUGGCACAAACAGUUUGUUCCAAUAUGAUGAAAGCAAUCGAAUGAUUCGGCAUCUUGUCUCCAACAAAUGUUUGCAUCCAGAAACUGGAGAUGCUGAUCCUGCAAUUAAUACUGCAAUUGUCCUGAAACCAGGCUGCGAUGGAAACACCAACAAAUUCUACUUCAGAAAGAAAGCCUACUAUAUCAUCCGGCACUUUGGUGGACCAUGUUGGGUUUAUAACUCUGCAGAGAACUUGAUCAAACUGAUGAAUCCAUUUGCUUGUGAUCGCUUUGAGUAUGUGAAUAAUUACCAUUUGAGGCACGUUGAAACCGGCAAAUGUGUUAUUUUCUCAAGCUCAUAUAUGCGACUGACAGACGACUGUGAGUCUCCAGAAACAAUUUACAAACUGAACCAGAAUUCACUAUUGCAGGAGGGAAGCAAUAGCUGUAUUCAUCCUUAUGGCGUUUUGCUUCAACUACAUAACAAUAGUUGUACUGAUGAAGACCGUUUGAGAUUUUACUUCCACGAUGAUAAAGACAUACAGAAAGUAAAGGUCAUUUCUGAAUCAUGCUUGACUCCCUCAUCUUGCGGUAAUAGUAAAGGUCACGUGAUAGUUAAUGGCCGCCAAUACAGCUUGAACACACGUGGUAUCAAUGUGGUUCUCUUUGAUUACCGAAGCGGUUUGUUCGAGUACAGAAAAGCGUACGAUGUGUAUGGAGAUGCAGCCUCGAGAAACCUUUUAGCCAAUUUCCUGGACAAUCUUCCUUCAGGGAAAUUACUUAUGAUGACAGCAAAGGAGGGGGUAAACAUAGAUAGCAAUCUAGCCUUUGCGUUGCAAAAGGUUGGUGUUUCUGCAACGUUUGCAACUUCACCUGUUCCAAGUAAUUAUAUGUCUCUGGCAUAUGUUUGUUAUACAGGCCAGGCGAGGAAGAAUUGGGAGAAAACUGUCAACAAAAUUGGAGGAUCAGAAGCUUCAAGUAUUGAAAUAAGCAUCAACAAUUUUCAUGAACGAGAUGGAAUUGAUGAUUGCUCAAAUGAACUUGGAGUACGAACUAGGAAAAUACCGGAUUCUAGGUUUUAUGCAAAGACUGUUUGGGGAAAUGAUAUCUACCACCAACCGUAUCUAGCAAGACUACAUUACUAUGGUCCGGGUUGGUGUUCGUACAGCAACACUCCGGUAUCCGAAUAUUUGCAAGUUGAUCUCGGGAUUAUGAUGAUUUUAAGUGGUGUUGCGAUUCAGGGUCACGGCUCUUACUAUGACCACGCUGUAACAAAGUUCAAAAUUGAAUACAGUAAAAAUGGAAUAAUUUGGCAAUUUUUCAAGAGCGAGCAAGACUCCGUUUUAGAGUUUACAGCUUUAAGAGAACGCAAUAUUUAUGAGACAAGUGUCAACUGGUUUCGUAAUCUCAAUACAAGAUUGGUCAGAGUAGUUCCCACCGCUAGGUUAUCUGUAUCAGGCGUUAACUGUAUGAGAAUAGAACUUUAUGGAUGUGCUAUAUCGAGAGGUUUCUUGAGUGUCGAAUGGUCACCAUCGUCAAGUUUUUCUACAAAUGACGAUUUCAAAGGAUCGGUCUUUGCAUUCGGAACAAUAAAGAACAAUUUAACAAUCGGAAUAUCGAUGGCAUCCAGUAACAAAAGCCUUGCAAAUAAACUUGACCUGUUUCACUUUGACAAAAUGAAUGCAUCGACAACGUUUGAUAACGGAACAGUCAAAAAAGAAAGCGGUGUGGAGAAUUUUGUAACAGACAAGAUUAAAAAAAUUGACAGUGUUGCAUUUCUUCGAUUUAAUAUCGUUGAAGAAAAUCAUUACGCUUUUGAUCUUGACAUUUCUGGCAAGGUCUUAGAUGCAGAACUAGCCUCAGGAGAAAGACAGGCAGUCAUCAGCACUGAAAGUCAUGAUAGAAUCCUUGUGUUCUCAUCACCACUUCAAAUCAAAAGAUUGCAUCCCGACAAAAGCAUUCUUCAAUUAAAUAUCACAAAACAAAACUUCCAGUCGCUGACUGAUGAUAGCUUCUUCAACCUUAAUCUGUCCGUGUCCCAUUUGCUGGGAAAAAGCAACUCAAAUGCUUAUGGUGUUACUCUCAUGAUUUAUUUCAACAGCAAGUUUCUUCAGUUGAAAUCACUGGCAUUCGUCAACACAAGUCGCUUCAGUCUACCCCCGUCCAGAAACACAACCACGCCUGGAUUUAUUAUGAUUCAAACUGAUACAAUGUGGCUGAUUAACAGGCAAGAAAUCUCGAUAAUACUUCAGGCAAAGUACCCAAAGACUAUAUCAAGAGGAGAAAACUGCAACGGAUAUAUCAUCAUUGAUUUUGCCUAUAAAAACAACUUGGCAAAAUUCAAUGGAACUGUGAACUCGACUUUAGAGAGGAAUGUGCCAUUCAAAUGCAAAAUUAACCACAAUAGAGAUAUCAGGGUGAAGUCAGUGAGGUUGCUGUCUCCUGAAUUCAGUAUGGUUUAUGACGAUGUGAAUCAGCAAUUCUUUUUCUGCUACCAAAGGAAAACAUACAUGACCAAAAAUUCCGCAGUUUGUUUUUCACGAGAAAAGAACAACACGUUUUGGAAAACCAUUCCUUACAUUUCAGCGGUAACCGGAAUUGAUGUCGAGAGAAGAGUUCUUUAUGGGUUAGAACGAGUAGGGAAGUCAUAUGUCAAAUCUCCUUAUCCGUUUGCUCUUUACAGCCAGAUAGAGGACACUGAAUGGACAUCAGCCAAAGAUCAACCUCAGAUGAGAGCCUCUUUGAACUGUUUGUCCCUUUCUCUAUUACCCCAAUCAGCUUCUGAUCCAUAUAUAUUCAAAGUCGGUGGGGAACCAGUUUUUGCGGCAACAGCUAAAGGAAUACUUUGGAGAAAAGAAGAUCUUUCUUGGAAAAGGAUCGUUUUUUGGAAGUUGACUGAUGACGAGGCACGUAUCAAAUUAUACAUGGAACUGUCAAAACUUUUAACUGGUAUGUAUGCAAGAAAGUGGCUAUCGAAUUCAACAGCAGCAUUGAAGGUCAUUCCAGAGAAAGAUCGUGCAGAAAAUAUCGAUUUGGAUGUUGGAAAAUUAACGUCAGUGAAAACAUUUGGAACCUGCAACUGUAUUCAUGUCAAAAUUUGCUUGUUACAAAUAGAAAAUGUAUUUCUUUGUAGCGGUAGCUUAAGGGAUGCAUAUCAAUGCAUUUGCUACGCUACUAGGUACACGAUGGAGACAUACUUAAUUUUUCGCUUGUUCUUCUCGUUGAUGCUAUCUUCCGUGAUAGGGUGUCAAAUUGUCGAAAGCAGACAGUUUGAGAUAUCAAAGACAUAUUACAUUCGUCAUUUUCAUGGGAAGUGCGUAGAGUACGAUGAGGUACGUCAGGUGCUGGUUUACGGUCGACUUUGCCGAGAAAAGUUAGAAUGGCAGGGAGGAGCAAGACUCAUCCAUAUACCAACAAAGAAAUGCAUCACUGUCAAUGCAACAAGCGAUGGAAGCUUCUUGUCUUUGUCAAGCCAGUGCAGUGGCACAAACAGUUUGUUCCAAUAUGAUGAAAACAAUCGAGUGAUUCGGCAUCUUUUCUCUAACAAAUGUUUGCAUCCAGAAACUGGAGAUGCUGAUCCUGCAAUUAAUACUGCAAUUGUCCUGAAACCAGGCUGCGAUGGAAAUACCAACAAAUUCUACUUUAGAAAGAAAGCCUACUAUAUCAUCCGGCACUUUGGUGGACCAUGUUGGGUUUAUAACUCUGCAGAGAACUUGAUCAAACUGAUGAAUCCAUUUGCUUGUGAUCGCUUUGAGUAUGUGAAUAAUUACCAUUUGAGGCACGUUGAAACCGGCAAAUGUGUUAUUUUCUCGAGCUCAUAUAUGCGACUGACAGACGACUGUGAGUCUCCGGAAACAAUUUACAAACUGAACCAGAAUUCACUAUUGCAGCAGGGAAGCAAUAGCUGUAUUCAUCCUUAUGGCGUUUUGCUUCAACUACAUAACAAUAGUUGUACUGAUGAAGACCGUUUGAGAUUUUACUUCCACGAUGAUAAAGACAUACAGAAAGUAAAGGUCAUUUCUGAAUCAUGCUUGACUCCCUCAUCUUGCGGGAAUAGUAAAGGUCACGUGAUAGUUAAUGGCCGCCAAUACAGCUUGAACACACGUGGUAUCAAUGUGGUUCUCUUUGAUUACCGAAGCGGUUUGUUCGAGUACAGAAAAGCGUACGAUGUGUAUGGAGAUGCGGCCUCGAGAAACCUUUUAGCCAAUUUCCUGGACAAUCUUCCUUCAGGGAAAUUACUUAUGAUGACAGCAAAGGAGGGGGUAAACAUAGAUAGCAAUCUAGCCUUUGCGUUGCAAAAGGUUGGUGUUUCUGCAACGUUUGCAACUUCACCAGUUCCAAGUAAUUAUAUGACUUUGGCAUAUGUUGGCUAUACAGGCCAGGCGAGGAAGAAUUGGGAGAAAACUGUCAACAAAAUUGGAGGAUCAGAAGCUUCAAGUAUUGAAAUAAGCAUCAACAAUUUUCAUGAACGAGAUGGAAUUGAUGAUUGCUCAAAUGAACUUGGAGUACGAACUAGGAAAAUACCGGAUUCUAGGUUUUAUGCAAAGAGUACCUGGAAUAAUGAUAACCGUCACGGACCGCAUUCAGCAAGGUUGCAUUACUAUGGUCCCGGUUGGUGUUCAUACUACAAUACUCCGAUAUCCGAAUACUUGCAAGUUGAUCUUGGGACGAUGAUGGUUGUAAGUGGUAUUGCGAUACAGGGUCACGGCAACAAUUACCACUCUGUAACAAAGUUCAAAAUUGAAUACAGUAAAAAUGGAAUAAUUUGGCAAUUCUACAAGAGCGAGCAAGACUCAGUUUUAGAGUUUACAGCUUUAAGAGAAAACAAUGGGCUUGAAACAAGUGUUAACUGGUUUCGUAAUCUCAAAACAAGAUUGAUAAGACUAGUUCCCACAGCUAGGUUAAGCAAUAUUAACGUAACUUGUCUGAGAAUUGAACUUUAUGGAUGUGCUAUAUCGAGAGGUUUCUUGAGUGUUGAAUGGUCACCAUCGUCAAGUUUUUCUACAAAUGAUAAUUUCAAAGGAUCGGUCUUUGCAUUCGGAACAAUAAAGAACAAUUUAACAAUCGGAAUAUCGAUAGCAUCCAGUAACAAAAGCCUUGCAAAUAAACUUGACCUGUUUCACUUUGACAAAAUGAAUGCAUCGACAACGUUUGAUAACGGAACAGUCAAAAAAGAAAGCGGUGUGGAGAAUUUUGUAAGAGACAAGAUCAAACAAAUUGACAGUGUUGCAUUUCUUCGAUUUAAUAUCGUUGAAGAAAAUUAUUACGCUUUUGAUCUUGACAUUUCUGGCAAGGUCUUAGAUGCAGAACUAGCCUCAGGAGAAAGACAGGCAGUCAUCAGCACUGAAAGUCAUGAUGGAAUCCUUGUGUUCUCAUCACCACUUCAAAUCAAAAGAUUGCAUCCCGACAAAAGCAUUCUUCAAUUAAAUAUCACAAAACAAAACUUCCAGUCGCUGACUGAUGAUAGCUUCUUCAACAUUAAUCUGUCCGUGUCCCAUUUGCUGGAAAAAAGCAACUCAAAUGCUUAUGGUGUUAGUCUCAUGAUUUAUUUCAACAGCAAGUUUCUUCAGUUGAAAUCACUGGCAUUCGUCAACACAAGUCGCUUCAGUCUACCCCCGUCCAGAAACACAACCACGCCUGGGUUUAUUAUGAUUCAAACUGAUACAAUGUGGCAGCUAAACAGGCAGAAAUUUUCGAUAAUACUUCAGGCAAAAUAUCCAAAGUCUAUAACAAGAGGAGAAAACUGCAAUGAAGAUAUCAUCAUUGAUUUUGCGUAUAAGAACAACUUGGCAAAAUUCAAUGGAACUGUGAACUCGACUUUAGAGAGGAAUGUGCCAUUCAAAUGCAAAAUUAACCAGAGUAGAGAUAUCAGGGUUAAGUCAGUGAGGUUGCCGUCUCCUGAAUUCAGUAUGGUUUAUGACGAUGUGAAUCAGCAAUUCUUUUUCUGUUACCAAAGGAAAACAUACAUGACCAGAACCUCCGCAGUUUGUUUUUCACGAGAAAAGAACAACACGUUUUGGAAAACCAUUCCUUACAUUUCAGCGGUAACAGGAAUGGAUGUCGAGAAAAGAGUUCUUUAUGGGUUAGAACGAGUAGGGAAGUCAUAUGUCAAAUCUCCUUAUCCGUUUGCUCUUUACAGCCAGAUAGAGGACACUGAAUGGACAUCAGCCAAAGAUCAACCUCAGAUGAGAGCCUCUUUGAACUGUUUGUCCCUUUCUCUAUUACCCCAAUCAGCUUCUGAUCCAUAUAUAUUCAAAGUCGGUGGGGAACCAGUUUUUGCGGCAACAGCUAAAGGAAUACUUUGGAGAAAAGAAGAUCUUUCUUGGAAAAGGAUCGUUUUUUGGAAUUAAUUUGCAUUAAUUCAGCUACUUUAAAAUAUCCUUGGCAAUUUCAUUGUUCGUAGAUACAUUUGUGCAUUCGACUGCAUUAUAUAUAUCUCACAUUGCAUUUUUAUCUAACUAAAGACAUGUUUGCAAAAUUUAUUUAUGCAGGAAGCAGUGUAAUCAUAAGAAAUAUAUACUGAGUAAAUGAAAUUAAUUUAUUUCUCUUUUCGUACUCGAAAUCGCACUUCAAAGUUGAAAGCUUCGUAAUUCAAUCAUA